GGGGGGGACAUUUUUGGGGAGAGGGCAGGGCCUCGCCCGGUCACCCCGGUGCUCCGGGCCCGGGGUGUUUAGGACCCAGGGGCAGCCGGGGCGGCUCCCUGGCCGCGGGGGAUCCUCCCCCUCCGGCCGGUGCCGGCUCAGAUGUCGGAGCAGCGGCGGCGGCUCUGCGCUCCGCACCCACCGUCUGCGGCAGCGGGGCUGGCGGCCCCGGCCCCGGCCCGGCCCCCUGCCCCCACCCCAUGCCCCAGUCCUAACCCCGAAAACCUGCCCCGCGGGGCGCCUUUCCCCGAGCCGCCGGCCCGCCCCGUCCAAGCCGGGAGCCAUGAACGACCAGUACCACCGGGCGGCCCGGGACGGCUACCUGGAGCUCCUCAAGGAGGCCACCCGGAAGGAGCUGAACGCCCCCGACGAGGAUGGCAUGACCCCCACGCUCUGGGCUGCUUACCACGGCAACCUGGAGUCGCUGCGCCUCAUCGUGAGCCGGGGGGGCGACCCGGACAAGUGUGACAUCUGGGGCAACACGCCCCUGCACCUGGCGGCGUCCAACGGCCACCUGCACUGCCUGUCCUUCCUGGUGUCCUUCGGGGCCAACAUCUGGUGCCUGGACAACGACUACCACACGCCGCUGGACAUGGCCGCCAUGAAGGGCCACAUGGAGUGCGUGCGCUACCUGGACUCCAUCGCGGCCAAGCAGAGCGGCCUCAACCCCAAGCUGGUGGGCAAGCUGAAGGACAAGGCGUUCCGCGAGGCGGAGCGGCGCAUCCGCGAGUGCGCCAAGCUGCAGCGCAAGCACCACGAGCGCAUGGAGCGGCGCUACCGGCGCGAGCUGGCCGAGCGCGCCGACACGCUCAGCUUCUCCAGCCUCACGUCCAGCACGCUGAGCCGCCGGCUGCAGCCCCUGGCGCUGGGCGGCCAGCUGCCCUACUCGCAGGCCACCCUGCACGGCACCGGCCGGGGCAAGGCCAAGAUCCAGCGCAAGCUGGAGCGGCGCAAGCAGGGCGGCGAGGGCACCUUCAAGGUGUCGGAGGACGGCCGCAAGAGCGUGCGCUCGCUCUCGGGCCUGCAGCUGGGCAGCGACGUGAUGUUCGUGCGCCAGGGCCCCUACGCCAACCCCAAGGAGUGGGGGCGCUCCCCGCUCCGGGACAUGUUCCUCUCGGACGAGGACAGCGUCUCCCGUGCCACGCUGGCCAACGAGCCGGCCCACUCGGAGGUCAGCACCGACUCAGGCCACGACUCCCUGUUUACCCGCCCGGGCCUGGGCACCAUGGUGUUCCGCAGGAACUACCUGAGCAGCGGGCUGCACGGGCUGGGCCGGGAGGACGCGGACGGCGGCGCGGGCCCGCCGCGGGGCCGGCUGCAGAGCUCCCCCAGCCUGGACGACGACAGCCUGGGCAGUGCCAACAGCCUGCAGGAGCGCAGCUGCGCCGAGGAGCUGCCCUGGGACGAGCUAGACUUGGGCCUGGACGAGGACCUGGAGCCCGAGACGAGCCCGCUGGAGACCUUCCUGGCCUCGCUGCACAUGGAGGACUUUGCCUCCCUCCUGCGGCAGGAGAAGAUCGACCUGGAGGCCCUGAUGCUGUGCUCGGACCUGGACCUCCGCAGCAUCAGUGUCCCGCUGGGCUCCCGCAAGAAGAUCAUGGGGGCCGUGCGGAGGCGGCGGCAGGCGCUGGAGCGCCCGCCGGCCCUGGAGGACACGGAGCUAUAACGGCCUUCUCUCCAGACCAAAGUGAAUUGCAAGUUGCCACAACCCACGGUGGAGCCACAGUCUCCACAGUUGCCAGCCCUGCAGCCCAGCCCCUCCCCAGGGGCAAGGCCUCGGAAGUAGAGGGCAUGGCCCGGAGGCACCCGGGAGGGUCCUGGAGCCACCCAUUGGAGUGGCCCUCAAGGGCAUGUGGGCUUGCAGGAGGCCCGGGGACUACACAACGUGCCCACGAGAGCGGGUGCGAGUGGCUGUGUAGGGGGAUGCAGCCUGUCCCAGGGGCCGCUGUCUCCCCAUCCCUCCUCCGGGGAUCCCGUUCAGGCUGGACACUUGCUCACGUCCUAUUUCUGGGAAGAGGAGACUGUGGGCUGCCUCCCCUCACACUCCAGAGAAGAAGUCCGGGCUCGACUCUUCAGCCAAACGCCCUGACCUCAGUCCCCGCCCCGCCCCUAGCACAGCCAGCCCCCUCUCCUUCUCCCACCGGCCAUGCCGGGGAGUUGGAGUGCCAGGCUGGAGUGUGUGUGUGUGUGUGUGUGUGUGUGUGUUGGGGGGGAGGGUGACUGGUGCCCUUCCCAGCUUACCCUGGGGCGGAGCCCAGCCUGACUCUGCCCUCCCUCCCCUGUCCUCCUCCACCUCCCCUCUCCUUGGCUGUGUAGCCUGGCCCCCCGGGGACCCCAGAGGGUCAGGGCAACAGACGCAAGGUGCUAGCGUAACCGGCUGCAGUAUUAUGGCCCCAGGCCCGAGGCAGGUGGAGGCUGGCAUGGCAGGGAGGGCAA